AUGAGCUCAGUUCUUACUAAAUUCCAUAACAGCAACAAACAUCUGCUCUUGAAAAAGCAACCACACGGUGCAGCGAUCAUGCAAGAGUUUCACUUUAAACACGGAGAAGCCUCUGCUUCUUCCACAAUUACCUCUCCUAAGGAAACACCCACCAAUCUUUCUGAAAUUUUCCAAAAAUCCAUCGUUGAUCAAUACCGAGCUAUUAAAGUUGAAAUUGGUAGCCAAGUCAAUAUCUCCAGUACUGAUGAAUUUGAAACAAUUUUAGGACAAGCAUUACAAGCUUGGCAAAACAAGUCAUCAAAAUCCAUUGAUUUUAAUAGUCGAGUGAGAAGUGUACACUUGAAAAUUGAUGCAAAAUUCAGUGAAUUAAUUCCGAUUUGUUUGAAAAAGUUUGGAUUUACAUUUCAUCAUUGCAAACCAGAAUAUAUUUAUUUACAUAAAUGGCUUGCUUCUGAGGAGAAAAAUACAUAUCCGCCAUAUUGUCAGCAUUAUGUAGGAGUGGGUGGAUGUGUAGUUGAUUUUGAAAAGGAAGAAAUUUUAAUCAUUACCGAAAAGAUUAAUCUGUUACCGUCACAUAUGAAACCAUACAAGUUUCCUGGAGGCCAAUUGGAUCACCAUGAAUUUAUUGAAGAAGGUGUAUGUAGGGAAGUUAGAGAAGAGACCAAUGUUGAAACCAAUUUUAAAGGAAUUUUAGGAUUUAGGUAUAAGAAAGCAUUCAGGUUUGACAAUCCAGAUAUUUACUAUAUUUGUUUAUUGGAACCCAAAUCACAAGAGCAUAAGAAAGCAAUUUCAGCAUGCCCCACAGAGAUAGACCUUUGUCAAUGGGUUCCACUGGACGUUUAUUUCAAAUAUGAAUCUCUUGCGCCAGUUCAAGAACAUGCAAGAAAAUUACUGAAACGGUGUCUUGAAAUGAGAAAGCAAAAUCCAGAGGAGUGUGACAAAUUAUUAUUCAAAUCAACCUUCCAAUCAAAAGAUCAUGCUUUGAGUAUCGACAAGUUUAAGGAAGUGGAACCAAAUCCAGAGUUUUUACUCUACCCAAAUGUUUGA